CAGCAAACGGUACGGCACGGAACGCGGAAGUAGCGUGACAGGAGUUGCGAUCUGAAGCGCAUUAAAGGGUCUAUAUUUCAGUUGCAUUUCUCCAGCAAGUAAUCACCUGGUACCUCACUAACCGUACUAUUUCCUGCUAUCAAACCUUCACACUAUCUUACUUUUAAUAAUGGGUAAAGCCGCUUCCAAAUUAUCCAAAGACGAUAUCAGUGCCUUGAAGAAGUCGACGUACUUUGACCGCCGCGAGUUGCAGACCUGGUACAAAGGUUUCUUAAGAGACUGUCCGUCAGGACAGCUUUCCAAAGAGGAGUUCACCAAAAUCUACAAGCAGUUCUUCCCAUUCGGGGAACCAAACGAUUUCAGCAACUAUGUAUUCAACAACUUCGAUACCGACCACUCCGGCUAUAUCGACUUCAAGGAGUUCAUCGUGGCCAUCUCCACCACCUCCAGAGGCUCAUUAGAGGAGAAAUUGGUGUGGGCGUUCAAGAUGUAUGACUUGAACGAGGAUGGUAAGAUCAGCUUCGACGAAAUGUUGGCCAUUGUCAAGGCCAUCUACAAAAUGAGCGACCCGAUGGUACAGUUGGACGACGACGAAAGCACCCCGGAAAAACGCGUGCAAAAGAUCUUUACCUUGAUGGACAAGGAUAAAGACGGCGAGAUCACGUUGGAAGAGUUCAAGGAGGGCUCCAAGUUGGACCCAAGCAUCUUGCACGCCUUGAAGUUGUACGAUGGGUUGGUUUAACGUUUAUUUUAGAUGUAUUGUUUUGGCGUAAUCAUUGACGUAUGGCAUUUUUGUAGUUAUGAUGAGACUAAGUGAUAGCUGUGUGAUGUUUGGUUUAGAUUCUUCCUUGGUGAAACAAGAGGGAUAAUGGGAAUCUGAGUCUUUAAGCUACUUGCACAAUGUGGAGGGGGGUUGAACUCUACGUAUAAUCUGGUUGUCCGUGGAACUACAAACCCCUUCAGAUAAAGAUUUACUUACCUUUCAGUAUGACACUUGGCCAUUUUUCAGGCACCAAGAUGUCUAUAAUUUGAU